CCAACCCACUCACCCCUUGUACCCCCUGCCUGGCCGAAUCAACCCACCCAAUACCCUCCAAAAUGGCAGCCCACUCCACCAUAACUUGCCCACAAUAAUAACCCAACAACAGCCCCACAAACCAGCCCCUAUCUCUGAUUUUCUUCCCCACCAAAGGACUCAAAUAAGUGGACCAUUCACACGCCUCUAAAAGUAAGUUGUUCAAGCUCAAACUCCCUCCCUUUUCAUUCCCCAAAUCCACGGCCAGAAUCCACACUCCCUCUCACCCUCUAUCCACUUCAACCAUGUCAAAUGAAUCCCAAACGAUGUCCCAUGAAGAGCUCAUUGCCUCCAAUGCAGCCUUGAAAGCCCAAGUAGAGUACUUGGCUAAAGAGCUAGCCAAGCUUACGAAGAUGAAACUCAACGAGCUACAAGGAAGUGACCGUGAAGAGGACGCUAAUUCUAGUGGAACCGUAAAGCCUAAAGCCAAUGAGGGUUCUGACUUCAAAGUUGACAUUCUAACUUUUGAAGGAAAGAACGACCCGGAUGAGUUCCUCGAGUGGCUAGAAACAGUGGAACGCGUCUUUGACUUCAAAGAUGUUUCCGACGAAAAGAAGGUCAAGAUAGUGGCCUUGAAGUUCCGGAAGUAUGCAUCGACUUGGUGGACUAAUACGUGCACCAAGAGGAGAAGAAACGACAAAGAAUCGGUGUCCACAUGGGCGAAGAUGAAGUCCCUUCUAAAGAAGAAGUUUUUACCCGCUGAAUAUGUUCGUGAGAAUUUUGCUAAGCUUCAAACGCUUAGGCAAGAGUGCUCGAAUAAGCAUGCCAUCCCAUAUGAAGAGUGGACCAAGGAUGAUGAAGAAAAUUGUUCCUUUGAAGGAGCAAUAAAUGAUACAAUUCCACUUGAAGAACCAACUCUUGAUGAGGAAAUGAAAAGCUCCGACAAUAUAAACAUCCCCGUUGAGGAUGUCUUUGACUUCCAUGUUGAAUAUGAAGAAGAGGUCAUAAUUGAUGAACUUAUUUCAAGGGCACCGGAGCUGCCUAAUCACGCCCUCGUUUCUAAUGCUGAUGAUUAUGAGACUUCCUUUGUUUUUUAUCAUUUUGUUAAAAUAGGUAUGAAUGAAGAAGUGCUGAGCUCAAGAAAAUACGCGAAGGAUGAUCAUGUUAUACCCGCGCUUGGCCCUAUCAUACCCUCCCCCAUGUCCUACACCCUCGCAAAAACCAAAGGACUUACGUUGAAACAUUAUGAUCCGUUUUAGUGAGAAUUCCACGUCCUUCAACCCGAGAGGCCUGAAUAACUUCGGACCCAAGGUUUCCGCAGACCAAAUCCCACUCCGUCCAACCCAACCCUAAACAUCCAAAACUCCUUGCCAUUUAAUUCAUUUCAAAAUAAAGCUUCUCUUAUUUU